UUCGCAGGGGGCGUGGCCUCUGUGCCUCAGUUGGACCAGGCGGAGUGCGGCAGUUUGAGGACGAGCUCGGACAGUUUGUCUGUUAGCCCGCAAACGGAUGUUUUAACAGCACACGGAGCUGAACCGAUUGUGAACUCCUGCUGGUCCCGUGUGGAAGAUCAUCCUCCCUGAACCUGGAUCAGCCUACGUCCUCCUCUCCUUCGUCCUAUCGAUAAACUCGAGGUGAACCUCUUCCUGGAGCAGUCGUGGAUCCACGCAAGAAGAGGACCACAGCACAUGGGAGUGCGUGACUUUGUGUGUGAGGGUGUGUGUUCAGGCCUCCUGCCGUCGCCCGCUCUUCCCGGACAGGCAUGGCGGGGGGCAGAGAGCGCGGCUCCCGGAUACAGAGGCCGUGGUCGGUGUACCGGGCCAACACAUUCGAGCUGUCCAACGAGAUGAUCGGCUUGGCUCUCGCAGGAAACAGUCAGGACCCAGAUGAGCCCGUGCUUGAGUUCAGUGUCGCCUGCACGGACCUGCUGACUCCGUCUUUGGAUCGAAAGCCAAACAGCUUUGUAGCAGUGAGCUGCACGACACCACCGCAGGCCUUCUGGACCAAACAUGCCCAGACCGAAGUCAUUGAGGGUACCAGUAACCCCAUCUUCCUCAGCAGCAUCGCCUUCUUCCAGGAGUCCAACAUCAACCAGCAGACGCAGGUGAAACUGGCCGUCUACGACGUCAAGGACCGCUCGCAGGGCACGAUGUAUAUGCUGGGCUGGGCACUUUUUCCUGUGAAGGAGUUGUUGCAAGAGAGGACCCACAGAUUGGAGCUGGAACUUAGAUCAGCAGAGAAUCAGCGGGUGGGUAAUGUCACCAUAGCUGCCUGGCAGAUGGAGGAGAGAACAGAUCAGAGGAUGUCGGUCGGCCGCCUGCCAGACAGCAUCAACGGUCGGACAAUGCUGCCUGUUGACGAGAGCCUCACAGAGUCGAUGGGAGUCAGAAUAAAGUAUGCCUCGCUAUGCAAAGACACCCUGCUGCGCUCAGUGUUUGGAGGCACGAUGUCCCGGAUGUACCGCUUCCCCACGACUGAUGGCAACCACCUACGAGUGCUGGAGCAAAUGGCCGAAAGCGUCCUGUCGUUAAACAUUCCCAGGCAGUAUGUCAAACUGCUGCUCGAGGAGGACGCAGCCAGGGUUUGUGAGCUGGAGGAGCUGGGGGAGUUAUCGCCCUGCUGGGAGAAUCUGCGGCGACAGAUUGUCUCUCAGUACCAAAACAUAAUACUUGCGUACCAAGAAACGCUCUCGGACCUCACCGACUACAGAGGCCCAUCGUUCAAAGCCAGCAACCUGAAGGCGGAGAGGAAGCUCGAGUUCAUGCCAACUAACCUACAUGUUCAGAGGAUGAGGGUGCAGGAUGAGCUGGGCUUCGAACAUACGUAUGACGUGAUAACAAUCGGAGCUCCGGCAGCUCACUGCCAAGGUUUUAAAAACAGCGGUUUGAGGAAACUCAUCCAGAAGUUCGAGGAGGCAAAGAAACACAUAUAUGAGGAGGGAUGUAGCGCCCUGUCCAGCUCGCAGUCCAUCGUCUACAUACCGCAGGACAUCGUCCGAGCCAAAGAGAUCAUCGCCCACAUCAACACGCUGAAGACUCAGGUCAGCUACUACGCCGAGAGGCUUUCCCGAGCCGCCAAGGAUCGAUCUGCCAGCGGUCUGGAGAGGACGCUUGCUAUUCUGGCUGAUAAGACUCGUCAGUUGGUGACUGUAUGCGACUGUAAGCUGCUGGCCUCAGCCAUUCAGGCCCUGAACGCAGCACGGCCCGAGUACAUCGCCUCCAAGGCAUCUCCCUCCGCUGACUCAGAACAAGUAGUCCUCCGUAAUGACCAGGACACGCUACUAGCCAAGUGGAGCGGUCGCAACAGCCGAUCCUCGCUGCAUGUAGACUGGCAUGAAGAGGAGUGGGAGAAGGUUUGGGUUAAUGUGGAUAAAUCUCUGGAGUGCAUCAUCCAGCGUGUUGACAAGCUGCUUCAGAAGGACAGGAGACCCAGUGACGGCAGUCUGGACAGUUCCCAGCUCGACCUGCAGGGGGGCGCCACAAAGAAAGAUGACGGAAAAAAUCGAGCUUUCUGGAUCAACCCAGGAAGUAUAUCACAGGAAUCUCCAUCAUCAUCAUCAUCAUCAUCAUCAUCAUCACAUCCACGAUCAUCAUCAUCCCCUCCACUGCCAUCCUCUUCCUCUCCUCGCCCUCCCAGCCCUGAACAAGAAUCCUAUGGAAGCCCCAGUGCUGAGGAGGCGUACCCAGGCGAGUGGAGCGAGGCGUUGUACCCUCUGCUCACCACUCUCAACGAGUGCGUCGCGAUGAUGAGUGACACAGCCAAAAAGUCGAUGGUCUUCCUGCUGAUGCAGGACAGCGCCCCGACGAUAGCCAUGGAUCUGUCACUGCAGUACCGCCGCGACGUCGUCUUCUGCCAGACGCUCACCGCCCUCAUCUGCGGCUUCAUCAUCAAACUGAGGAACUGUCUCCGUGACAACGGAUUCCUCCGACAGCUCUACACCAUCGGCCUGCUCGCUCAGUUUGAGUCCCUGCUCAGCACUUAUGGAGAGGAGUUGGCCAUGUUGGAGGACAUGAGCGUCGGCAUCAUGGAUCUCCGCAACGUCACCUUUAAGGUGACCCAGGCAACCGGCAGCUCCGCCCCCGACAUGCUGCCGAUCAUCACGGGGAACCGGGACGGCUUCAACGUCCGCAUCCCGCUCCCGGGAACCAUGUUUGAUGCACUGCCGAGGGAGAUCCAGAGCGGUAUGCUGCUGAGGGUCCAGCCGGUUCACUUCAACGUCGGCAUCAACGAGCAGCAGACGCUGGCUGAGAAGUUUGGAGACACGUCGCUGCAGGAAAUCAUUAACCUGGAAAGUCUUUCCAGGCUAAACUCAUACUACGAACAGUUCAAAGAAGUCCUGCCUGAGGACUGCCUGCCGAGGUCUCGUUCUCAGACUUGUCUUCCUGAGUUGUUGAGGUUUCUGGGGCAGAACGUCCACGCCAGGAAGAACAAGAACGUGGACAUCCUGUGGCAGGCGGCCGAGAUCUGUCGCCGGCUGAACGGGGUUCGUUUCACCAGCUGCAAAAGCGCCAAAGACCGCACGGCCAUGUCGGUGACCCUGGAGCAGUGCCUGAUCCUGCAGCACGAGCACGGCAUGGCGCCGCAGGUCUUCACGCAGGCCCUCGACUGUAUGCGCAGCAUUGGUACGAGGGAGGGGGUGAUCCAGAAGAACCUGAGCGGCUUGCUGCCGGUGCGUGACUUCCGGCUGGACCCCAGCCUCCUGUACUCACUGCCCCUGCUGGCCCUCAGCCCGAACCUCCUGGUGGUGUGGAUCUUCCUCAGUGUGGCUUACUUCCUGGCCAAACUGCGCUGCAGCUGAGCCGGGACUGAAAACAUAGCGCACGUCUUAAGGUUUAUGGAGGAUGGGUGGGAAUACUCCACACUGACUCCCGAGGGUGUUUCUAAAACUGUGCCACUGUCCUGUGAGUGUGUGAAACUCAUGCACACUGAUACUGUACAGCAUGUACACACUGUCCCACCCUGACUAAGGGCUUAACACACCUGAUGCCCCGUUUAUCAAGGGCUGAGCCCUGCCCUUUUUUUUUCUGUUUAUGGACAGUUUCUCUUUCCAACUUUAAAAAACCGACCUGGAGAAGUAUUAACAGUUAUUUUCUUCUUGAGGCUCCAGACUUUCCAUAGAUUUGAAAUAGAGAUCCACACUAAGCUGGCUAAAUCUAAAAACACAUUGUGUCGUUGUGUUUUCAGGUAUUUCUCGUAAUGAUUCUACUGAUUUCAGUCCGCGAAUGACAAAACUGCAUCACAACCAACAUCUAGUCAGCUGCAGUCUUUAAAGAAUAUUUUAAUACAAGCUAAACUAAUGACUUAGAACAAACAUAACUACAGGUUAAAGUUGUAGUCCUUAAGAUUUCAGUGCUGGUUGAGACAGCGACACCAGUGGAUACUGGUCACUGUGAUAAAUAUUGGGUUUCCUGUCGCCCCUUUGCAAUAAAAACGACCCCACGUUGGUUUUAAUGUAAAGUAGUGAGUGUUUUGUUUGCAUUAGUAACUUGACAGUGUCACGUCUAUGUGAACAUUAAGGAUAAAAAGCUCCCCAAUAGGUUUAAUUAACCCUAACCACCUAGAAUCUGCUCUACUUCAGGCCCAAACAUUUUGUCUACUUGCCUGCCUCUAGACCUUGGAUAUCCUCAAUCCCAGUGACUCCCCAACAGGUUAUCCUAACCCUAACCAUUCAGGUUCCUCACCUAACUACCCGCCUAGUCUGUCUUGUACUUGUGUUAAUCACAAAUGAAAUUUGGCCUCAUACAAAUCUUAAGGAUAAUAACUUAAACUGCUUUGUAGAAGAAAUGUUAGAUGUGACAAAAUGUUGUCUUCUAAACUUUACUGCCACAUAACCCGAGAUCAACAACAUUUUCCCCAAAACGUAACAUUCAAAAAAAAAAAAAAAGAAGAAAAAAAAAGGUUGCAGCAAGAAAAAUGUGUUUUUAAAUUGAGCUGGCUUAGUGUGACAUUUCAUGUCAAUAAUCUUGAGGUAUUUAAAACACUGACGCCCAGCUAAUAGCUUCAAACCCAGUCAAGAUGCCGAGAGGUCUGGAUGAGGACAAGACAGCUACACAUGUGUUGUAGUGACAGUUUGUAUAUUUGUAAAACACAGGUCAGAGAUUACACCUGAGUUGUAUGUACGGAAAAGAAAAGCGGAUUAUAUGAAAUAUGAAAGAUGAGUUAUAAUUUAAGCUUUGCACAAACAGCUUCAUUUAUCAUUGUCUUCCAUGUGCAUUUGCACCUUACAAGCUAAAAGCUUUUAUUUAAGGAAGCUAACUUUUGCUUAUAAACAUAAUUCAGGCAGUAUUUGCUCAUUGUAUUUGUUUAUUUAUUUAUUUAUGUCUUCCGGCUUUUCUAGACCGUAGAAGGAGCUUCUACUUCAGCCUUUGCACUUUACAAAGUAUCCAAACUUUAGCCUCCAUUGGAAACUUAUAACCAUCAGUAUUAGGGUUAAGAAUGACAGAAGAAUUUAGAAAUAAAUAAAUGUAUUUACUUGAUUCUGAUUGUCUCAGAGUAGGGGAUAAAUUGAGGACUAAUGUGUCUGAAAAUUAUUAAAACAGCCCUGUUUUGUCAGAGGUACAUGAACUGAACUCAUGGCAACACUUCAGCCAGACAAUUCAAUCAAAACUAGAAGCCUCCGCACCCCCCUAUUCGUGUAUUUUAAAUGCCUUGCAUACCAUGCCUGAGCAAACGAACAUACCGGAAAGCUCAGGGAUCAGGUCUCAUGACAACAUGCAUGACCUGUUUCUUAAAGAGAAGGAGCCAUGUGAUUAUGUGUAUAUCCCUGUGUAGCUGUGCAAGCUUUGUUAACAUCAGUUAAUCCUGCAUGCAUAAAAAGAGCAAACAAAUCAACCAAUAGUUAUUCAAGCCUAAAAUUAAAUUAAAAAUC